CGAGGAGGGGGAAGCGCGCGAGCGCACCGGAACGUGUCACUCAGUGGGACGCUGACCUACGUGGGGGCGGGGGCGCGCGCGUUGCCCGAGGUGUGAGCCGGCCCGGGACACACGCAGGCAACGCCCCCAGCUGGUGCCUGCCCCACUGCCCAGCGAGACGCGGCGCCGUCGCCUCCGCUCCCACAGCCCCUGACCGGACGUGCAGGGCCUCCUCCACCGCGGGCGAGUCCCUACCACAGAACAGGGCGGGCCGCUUCCUAGAGAAGUCCGCGCCUUCCCCCAGUGCGCGAGGGGCGGAGCCGGGCGACUGAGGCACGUUGGCGGAGGGGCCGUUGCUGUUCGUUGCGAAGGAGGCGGGGCUUGUGCUGGCGGCGCUCGGAGCCUUCUCGAGGCCCCGGCCGAUUUGCUGCUGCCUGAACGGCCGAGAGGGACGUGCGAGCAGCUCAACGCCGUGACGCAGGUUCGUGCCCCUCCCAGGGGGGAGGAGAGCCGGGCCCGGCCCGGCCCAGCGCGCACCCUCCUUGAACGCUGCCUGCCGCUGCAGCUGGUAACUCUUUUCCUGUUUGCAGUAAAAAUGGCAGAAGCAAUUGCUGACCCUCCAGAGAAGCUUGUUGUUAUCCACUCCAAGGCUCACAGAGAUACCAUUCUAGCUAAUUUUGCAGAACAAAGGAAAAAGAAUUUUCUUUGUGAUAUCACUUUAAUAGUAGAGGAUGUGCACUUCAGAGCCCACAAAGCUUUACUUGCUGCCAGCAGUGAGUACUUUUCAAUGAUGUUUGUAGAUGAGGGAGAGAUAAGCCAGUCAAUUUAUAUGUUGGAGGGAAUGGUUGCAGACACUUUUGGUGCACUACUGGAAUUUAUCUAUACAGGUUAUCUUCAUUCCAAUGAAAAAAGCAUGGAACAAAUACUGGCAACUGCACAGCUCCUAAAAGUGAAUGAUUUAGUAUGGGCACAUGCAGAUUAUCAGACCAACCAUAGCCCAAAUAAUCCUCUCACAUCUAGUAGUGCUGCUUCAGUAGUUGUCUUUGCAAAUGACAAGAAAAAUGGAGAUCCACCAAAGCGAAAACGAGGAAGACCAAGAAAAGUCAAGAAUGCUCAAGAGGAAAAAUUUGGGACAUCUUCUGUUGAAGAUGUGCAGCUAAGAGAGAACAAUUCAGUGCGAAAUAAACAAAAUUUUAUGAAAAAAGUUGCAGCGGAAGAAACUGUUGCCAGUGAACAAGUUCCAGUAAGGAAAGAAGUGGAAGAAACUGAGCCAGCUUGUGGUUCAGAAGCUGCUGUAGAUCUAUCAGCUGAGAAGGAUGAGAAUUAUGAUCCUAAAUCUCAAGGAAUACAGAGCAAUCAGAGUCGUUAUAGCAAACGUAGGAUACGGAGGUCUAUCAAGCUAAAAGAUUAUAAACUUGUUGGUGAUGAAGAUGGAAAAGUAUUGACAAAGAGAACUGAUAGAAAAAGAAAACGCACAGGUUCUGAAGCUUGUUGCAAAGAAUGUGGCAAAGUGUUUAAAUAUAAUCACUUUUUAGCUAUUCAUCAGAGAAGUCAUACAGGAGAACGCCCUUUUAAAUGCAAUGAAUGUGGUAAAGGCUUUUCCCAGAAGCACUCUCUUCAGGUUCAUGAGCGGAUGCAUACUGGAGAGCGACCAUAUACCUGUACUGUCUGUAGUAAAGCUUUAACAACAAAACAUUCUCUUUUGGAACAUAUGAGCCUACACACAGGACAGAAGGCUUUUACGUGUGAUCAGUGUGGAAAGUAUUUUAGCCAAAAGAGACAACUGAAGAGUCAUUACCGAGUGCACACAGGCCAUUCAUUGCCGGAAUGUAACCAGUGUCAUCGCAAAUUCAUGGAUGCAGCUCAGUUAAAGAAACAUCUAAGAACACAUACAGGUGAGAAGCCAUUUACUUGUGAAAUCUGUGGCAAGUCAUUCACAGCAAAAAGUUCUCUUCAGACUCACAUCAGAAUCCACAGAUAAAAGUACACAGCACUAACAAUGUCAAUGGCUUGCAGUCAUAUGGAUGUAAGGUAUCGCAUAAAGGAACCUCAUAAAAAUUGAGACCAUUGGAAGGCUAUUAUGAGGCGCACAAUAAAAAACCCAUCAGAUUACAGCAAAGCCUGUUCUUUUCGUCCUAGGCCAUGUGUGUCCGGAAAUUAGGUUUUAGAUAUUUUCAGUCAGCAUUAAAAACAGUUGAAGUGAUGAAAUAAAUUCAACUUCAAAUUAAUCCUUAAUGAUAGAUGCUAGUAAAGAUGUAAAAUAGAUGAAUUCUCUUAUCACUCCAGUUUUUAUGCUCUCCAUCCUUUUGUCAAACCAGGGCUUCGUAAACCUCAGUAUUUUUGUAUGAAGGCAGUCCUGUUAACUCUUGAAUGUGAACAAAUUAGGGAAAACUUUGUCACACUAUUGUGCAAUUCUUAAAAGUAGAAUCCAGAAAAUGUAGCACUGAAUAUUUUUCUUACAUGACUGCCUGUAAGCACUACUACAGUAUAGCAGAGAUUAUUAUUAUUAUUAUUAUUAUUAGUGGUGAUGGUGGUAUUAUAUUUAUGAGUCAUUUGUGAGGUAAUACCUUGCAGAAAGUAGUAGUCUCAAAAUUAGUAUUUCUGAUUAAGUAAAAUAUUCUCUUACAGAGGGGAAAAGCCAUAUUCUUGUGGUAUAUGUGGAAAAUGUUUCUCGGAUUCCAGUGCAAAGAGGAGACACUGUAUCUUACACACAGGCAAAAAGCCUUUCUCCUGCCCAGAGUGUAAUUUGCAGUUUGCCCGCUUGGACAAUUUGAAGUCUCAUUUGAAAAUUCACAGCAAAGAAAAACAAUUGCAAGAAUCAAGCACUGCUCCUAGCAACAACAAUAGCUCAGAGGAGGUCAGAAACAUUCUUCAGCUGCAGCAAUAUCAACUGUCCACGUCUGGAGGACAAGAGAUUCAGUUGCUUGUUACAGAUUCAGUACAUAAUAUAAACUUUAUACCUAGUCAUAAUCAAGGUAUUAGUAUUGUUACUGCUGAGAACUCCCAAAAUAUGACAGCAGGCCAGGCUGCUAAUCUUACGCUACUCACUCAACCACCACAACAGCUGCAGAACUUGCUUCUUGCAGCUCAGCAGGAACAAGUAGAACAAAUCCAAAGUAUCAAUAUGAUGGAGAACCAAAUAGAGACUACGCAGUCUGAGCAAAUGCAUGUCAUCACUCUUUCAAAGGAAGCGCUAGCACAUCUUCAUGCCCAUCAGGGGCAAACUGAAGAACUUCAUCUAGCAACAGGAGCUCAGCACAUGCAGCUGACCCAGGAACCUAGUCGUCAGUCUCAUACUAACCAAGAUGCACUCCAGCCCCAUCAAAUUAGUGAAGAACAGAACCAAAAUGUACACAUUUCUGAAUCACAUCCGCAAUCUUUGUCCAUAAACCACCCAUCUCAUGAGCAUCAGAUUCAAGGUCAGGCUUUUUGAAAUACAAGUUAGCAUUGCUUCCUUUUAAAUGCUCAUUUGCCUUCAGGGAACUGGGCUGAAGUGUGUUUUUCAUUCAGACAAUGACCUACGCAUAUCACGUUUCAUUUGCUGCAGCAGAUUAUCUAUUUGAAGUUGUAUUUUUUGGUGAUCUUGAUAGAUGGCUUUGUUUCCUUUAUUUUAAUCCAUUUAUUUUUAGGGUUUUAUUACGAUAGAUGUCUGCUGAUCAACAAGCAUGACUUCUGUGUAGAGGGUUAAAAUGACUAUCUGAACUAUAAAUGUCAAGGUAACCCAUAUUUUUUUCACAACAUUGACACCACAUGUCUUCUAGUUAAUGAGCUUUCUCUUUCUAAGUAAAUGUAUAAUUUUCAGUGCGACCAUUUCAGUGACCAUUUCCUUAAGUGCAUUUUAAUUCACUGAAUACCAAAUUUGCUCAUGCUUUUGAUUGAAAUUGAUGCACUCAUAGACUGGCUCUGGUUCACUGUUUCUUUUUACUGCGUUGUACAAUUCCUGCUCUCCAAACUAAUGUUUAAAUCAGUGCACUUAAUGUAGAGGCAGUGAGAUGUAGUGGCUAGAUGGACUUCUGGAAAGCUUGAGUGCUAUUCUUGGCGCUGCUACUGACUUGUGUGACCUUGGGCAAGUCACUUAACCUCUCAGUGCCUUAGUUUCCUCAUCUACAAAAUGGGGAUAAUGCUUAACCACCUCUGCAAGGCACUUUGAAGAUCUUCUGAUGUAAGGCGCUAUAGAUGUGCUAAGUGUGUGGUUGGGUUUUUUCCCCUGACAAGAUUGUCUUAGUUUAGGAGCCAGUUUAUAUUUUAAAAUCAUUAUUUUUAUAUUUCGAAAGCAGAAUGUCACAUUACUUUUAGUAUAAUGUAAUAUUUGUUCUUUGUUGUGACUGAAAUAAUAAAAUCACUCCAGAACAUGAGCUACAAAAUGGCGCAUCUCUUAAUAGAUUUUAAAAGUAGUGGAACUUUUUGUUGACUAGAUUAGAUGUGCACAGUUUACAUUACUAAUGCCUGACUUCUAGUGGAAAAGUGCUGAAAUAGCAUUGAAAAUACAUCCCAGAAAGAAAAGAUGGGGAAGAGCAUGGCUCUACAGCUUGGGGUUCGGUUACUAAUGAUGGGUUACUUAUUGCACUGGUAUGUAAAAAUCCUGAUAAAAUGUCAUAUGACCAGCUACAGCAGUUUGAAGGUUGAGGCUGAGGUUAAAAAUGUUAUGUGAUUUAAAUAGGUAUCUUGUAUUUCUAGUUUUAAACAUGACAAAACGCAACUUCUGUCAUUAUUUACAUUGGAUUUUUUUCAAAGGAAGUUUCCUGUGUAACUGGCUAUAUGCACCGUUGGCUAGACAGAAAGCCAUUGGUCUGAAUUUUCAUUUCUGGGCGUUAGCUAUCUUGCAGAUACAAAGCAUUCAGCUAGCUACUGAGAAUGCGUUACUGUAAUUUGGUUAAAAAGUAUAUCAGUUUCUCCACGGAUCUGUACCAACUUUUAAGUAGGUUGAUGUGAGGAGAGGAGACAAUGGGGGAGAGGGGAAACCAAUUUUAAAUCUAAAAAUGACUUAGUUUUACAGUUGGAGGUUAAAUAGCUAUUGUGUUGAUUAACCUGAUUAGUUACCUAAAUUUCCUCCCAAAAUGGAGAAGUACUGUCUAUAUAUGUAACGUAGAAAACCAUUAACAAAAGAUAAAUAGAAUAUAUUGUAACUGUAAUCCAGAAGCUAAAGAUUUUGAUGUUACAAGAACAUAAAGAAAAAAUAAAAUUAAACUAUCUGUUUUGUCUGGGGAAAAUAUUAUUCAACAUUUAAAUCUUUACGUAGUAAAAUAGUUCUGCUUGUUAUACUAUUGCAAAAUAAAAUUUUGAAUGAGUCUUAAAUAUUGUAGCAUAUAUAAAAUGUUGUCUCAAGUUUUCACUUUACAGUUGUAUGGUGGUUGCUCUAGAGAAGCAUUAGCAACUUUUAUAAGCUACAUUUCUGGUUUAUUCAGGAUUGAGACAUGCUUAUUAUGUAUGUAAUUUCCUAAAUGUUUUGCAGAGCAAACUGGUCACAGCUUUCUAAGAUUCAGUUCUAGAAGACUGUAUAAUGAAAAAAACCCUGGUUAUUCAAGUUCAAGAAAGAGCAUAUAUAUUGAGUUUUUAAUCUUUCAAUUGGUGGCUAAAAAGUCACUCGUGAUAGUACAAUCUUAUGGUAGUGGUUACUAGAUAUUGCCUGCAUAAGAAGAGGGUUUCAUUUUUUAUUGCAUACACUUCAGUAAUUUGUACAACUAAAAACUGAGCAGGCUAUGUAAAGACCACCAUCUGUGGAUAGCAGGACAGGGAUUCUCACUAAUUUUGCAUUCUCCGUUGCUUUAAAAAAAUUGCUGUCAGAGUCCUUCUUUUUUCCUGCCUGUUCCAGAGAACGGGAAUCCAUGUUUUUCUCAUUUCCUUUAAUUCUACCUUUCUCUUUACCACUAACUUUUUAAUAGUAAUUUUUACCCUGGAAAGAAAUGAAUACAACUUACUGUGUGUGUGCCUGAAUCUUUUUGAAAAUAAUGCCUAAUGCAUUUAACUCUUGGACCUGGAAAAAGCCCCUUCAGCUUCAGUUCUCAGUUCAGAAUGACUUCCUGGUUGUACCUGGCUAAUGAGAAAAAUCAAAUUGCUCCAAAUAUUUCUGCUGUCAAACUAAUACUUGUUUUUAUAUGACUUAACUACCUUACAUAGAGUUCAGUCUUGGUAAGAAGUGAGAGAGACUCGCCAUGUUAAGAUGAGAUUUUGGUUUUGGGAUGUUGUCGGUAUAGGUCAGUAUUCCCAUAAUUAAGGUAAAUGCAAUAUACAUAGUUACCACACUAGUGCAUAGAAGAUCUCUGCUAAAACCACUCUAACUUAAGCUUUUGUUUUGUCGUCCUUUUCACAACUUUGCCUCUUUAAAGGGACACUGUCAUAUUUUAUAUAUUUUUAAAAUGUCCUUACAUGCGACUUCAGGUUCAAGCCUUUCACCAAGAAUCAGUCCUAUACAGUUCAAACACAGCUGGCAAUAGAAGGUGCCUGUUGCUAUUACUCCAUUUGUAAAAUAUCUAGCACACUUGGAUGCUAUGUAAAUAGUAAUACUUGUACUGGUAGAGAUUGUCCUUCAAAUUUCAAGCUUUUAAAAAAAAUUCUUCUCCAUCUUGGAAGACUCUCCAGGUGAAAAUUAAAUAUAAAAUGGUGCUUUCACUGGCAGCAAUUCUACUACUAUUUUAAGGUUGCAUUUGAGCUAUUGUUCAGUGUGUAUUUUCUACUAAUUUGCCACUACAGUCCGUGCAGCAGUAGCACAGGAGAAUCUCUUUAAUAUCAUGGUCAAAACAAAAAGGUUUCAAGAAUAUAUUAUGCUUGGGGGUGUGUGUAUAGUUCCAUUUAGGAACACAGAAAUUACCAGAUCAGAAGAGAAGGCCCUCUAAUACAGCAUCCUGUUUCUAACAGGAUUGGGUACAAGAAUGGAAUAACAUCCCAUUAAUGAAAGUUUCAUCCUAACCUCCAUUAUGUAGAGGUUUGCUUUUAAAACUCUGGUAUUCUUGUUUACUUAUUCUUUCUUUCGUAAUUCUGGAUGUUCUCGUUACCUAUCUAAAUGAUCAGUUCAUUCUUGAAUCCCACCAAGUCCUUGACUUCAGGGAUAUCCUAUGAAAGUGGGUUCCACAGGCUAAUUUUGUUGUCUGAAAAGUAUUUCAGUUGAAAUGUGUUGCCUGUCAAUUUCAUUGACUGUCCUCUUGUUCUUGCAUUAUAAACAUCUGAUCUACCUUCUCUCUACUUUUCAUUCUUUUAAAAAUAAGUACUGUACAGCACAAUUUCAUCAGUAUCCACAAAGAAGCAGGUUGCCAAGGGAAAUUUUUUUUGCAUAUGUAGAUUUUUAUGCCAGUAAACAAUUCAGACCUAUACGUUACUAUUUAUAGGCUUGCAAGACAAAGAAUGCCAGGUGUGCCAUUCUCUAUUCUCAAAAUGGAUCAUUGGAAUGUAUUGAGCUGAAUUUUUUUUCCUGUGUCAUCCCCAUUUAACAUUGCUAUUUGGCGAAGUGCUGAAAUGGAUUGUACAGUAUGUAAUUUGUAAAAUUAUGUGAGUCUGAAAAGUGCUAUAUAAAACCAGAUUCUGUCUAUUGCUUGUAACAUAGAGGGAGCAAGUAUUUGUAAAAAUAAUAAUAAUAAAAGUCUUGUUUAUAAGA